UUCUCGUUGUUGUCGCCUCUUUUUUUGUUGCCUUUUUUUUUGUGGUUGUGAGUUGUCAAGUGAACUAAAGUGAAGUGUUUCUGCCGCAAAGAAGAUGUUGCAUCAACGUGUUGUCCUUGCCUCCUGCCUGCUGCUUGCCAGCUUUUUGGUCGCCGUCUCCGGCGGUCGCCUGCCCCAACGCUAUCUGCCCUCCAAUCAGUAUCUGGCUCCCCAGGCCAGCCACAAUCAGCUGCACUAUCAUGGCGUUAGCGGUGGACAGGCAGCGCACAGCCGCAUCGGUGGCAUUGCUGGUGGCGCCUCAGCCUAUGCUGGACAACAUGGAGCAGCUGCUCAUCGUCAGACGCCGCAGAUUCCCAUUGUGCGCAGCGACUAUCAGAGCGAUGCCAAUGGCAACUACAACUUUGGCUUCGAUACUGGCAAUGGCAUCCAUCGCGAUGAGACCGGCGAGUUCAAGGGAGGCUGGCCACAUGGUUCUCUGGGCGUGCGUGGCUCUUACUCGUACACAGGGGACGAUGGCCAGCAGUAUACCGUUAACUACAAGGCCGAUAAGAACGGUUUCCAUGCCGAGGGUGCACACUUGCCCACUUCCCCCUCGCUGCCCGCCGAUCCUCAUCAACAUCGCAGUGCUGCAGCUGCUGGCGGUUAUCAUGGCAAUGCCUAUCAUGGUGCAGCCAGUUCUCCGGCGUCUUCGUCGCGUUAUCUGCCUCCCGGUUAUCGCCAGCGCAGACAUUACUAAGCAAAACAACAACAACAUCAAGAGAUCUCCCCCGCCCUCAAUUGCGAUCGAAUCGACCACAGCGCUCAAUUUAUACAUAGUUCAAUUCAUUAAGAAAUAUAUAAUACAUAUAUUUUCUACCGAAUGUGAAUAAAGUUUAGUUGAAUAUUCC